AUGUCCAGCCAAAAUCAAUUGUCUAGUAGAGGCAGACCAUUACUUGAAAGUCAAAAUCUCAAUAAAUAUUACCAACCUCAUUGUACCACUGACAGUUUCGGCUGGUUGUUUUAUGUUACAGUUGAACAGUUUAGACACUGCAUUUGUAUAUAUUCACAGUGUGCCGUGUGGAGCCCAUCUUGUGAGCAGAGUGCUAGUGGAAAGCCUGCAGACUUCAGAAAUACUUCCACCAUGACCAUGGCAAGUGUUUUCGUGCUGCUCUCCCUUGCGCUUUGCUGCUUCCCAGAUACUGCUUUUGGGGUUGAGGUGGACUGCAGUAAAUAUCCCAACACUACAAAUGACGAAGGCAAAGAGGUGCCGCUCUGCCCUAAGACCCCGAGCCCUAUCUGCGCUAGUAAUGCAGUCACUUACAGCAGCGAAUGCCUGCUGUGUGCCUACAACGUUGAAUAUGGAACCAGUAUCAGCAAAGACCAUGAUGGAGAAUGCAAGGUGGACUGCAGUAAAUUUCCCAACUCUACAAAUAAGGAUGGCAAAGAGGUGCCGCUCUGCACCAAAGACUACAGCCCCGUGUGCGGUACCGACGGAGUCACUUAUGACAACGAAUGUGUGCUGUGUGUUCACAACAUAGAAAAGGGUACCAGCAUUGGCAAGAAGUUYGAUGGUGAUUGCAAGAAGCAAUCUGUUACAGUUGACUGCAGUGGCUACCCUAAACCUGCCUGCACACUUGAGUAUUUUCCUCUGUGUGGCUCUGACAACCAAACAUACCCCAACAAGUGUACAUUCUGCAACGCUGUUGUGGAGAAAAAUGUGACUCUAAACCAUUUGGGAGAAUGCUAAAUACCAGUGCUAAGAGAAUUUGCUCCAAGGUUCCCUCUGUUGAGGCGCAACUGCAGAUCUCGCCUCAGUUCAUCUUGUUUUCUGGGGGGCUCGACUUAUUCUUGUUUUAUUUUCUUUCUCAAUAAACUUAAA